AUGUUCUUGAUGAAUUAUACUAGACCUGAUAUAGUUUAUGCUCUUAGUAAAUUGAGCAAGUAUACUCACAAUCCUAAUCGGGAGCAUUGCGUUACCUUGAUUAGAUUGUUGAAGUAUCUAAAAGGCACUAUUAAUUGGGGUAUGCAUUAUCAAAGGACACCUUAUGUCCUUGAAGGAUUUUGUGAUGCUAAUUGGGUGUCGGAUAAUGAUGAGAUUCAAUCUACUAGCGGUUAUGUUUUCACUCUUGCUGGAGAAGCUAUAUCAUGGAAAUCAUCAAAGCAAACAUGUAUUGCAAAAUCUACAAUAAUGGAAUAUGAGUUUAUUGCUUUAGAAUUGACAGGUCAAGAAGUUGAAUGGAUAAGGAGUUUGCUUGCUGAUAUUUCAUUAUGGGGGAAGCCAGCUCCAUCAGUUUCUAUGCGGUGUGACUCGUGCAGCAAUUGGGGUAGCGAAUAA